CAACAUUCUCCAUACGAAGAGAAAUCGCGAGAAAAUCGCCUUUGUAGGGCAAACAAUCCCCAAAAAAACUCAAUUUUUUGCUUCUUUAGCAACUUAGAAUUUAAGGAAAUUUGUACCGUCUUGAAAUAUGGGAGUUUAUCUCUAAUUUUUAACAGACGAGAAAGCAUUACCCCCAAUUGAACCGAGCAUCAUGUCGAAAAGUGUAGGAGAUGGAUCGACUCCUCAGUGGAUGCGAGACACAGCACACAGACUCACGCUUGACGAUUUGAGUCCGAUGACUCCGCCGUCAAACAAUGGCUUUUACUUCCCUUUUGCCGCGUCGAAGCAAAAAGCCAAGCAAAACGAUGCAAACACGAGAGCCAUUGUCGUGAAAAAGGUCUCCGCGACAUCCGCAAAGGGCUUCAGCCAUCACACCCAACAAAUCUCUCAGAUGGAAUCUGACUAUGAAAAUGACAAGAUUCACUCUGUAGAUUUCUCACAGGAAUGUAAAAAGUACAUUUCUGCCGUUGAUGAUGCUGAAAAAGGUCAUUUUCCGAACAGCAGCAAACCCAAGGGUACCGAUGAUGAUUUCAAAACUGCUGCAUGUGCCGGCUCAUUGGUGAAGGUAGCGCAAAAGUUUGUCGGCGGCACGGGACAACAGUUGCACAGCACAAAACGCUUUACUGUGGCAAAAAUCAACGAUAACGACGAUCAUGCGCCGCCCAUUCCCGAGGAUGAGGACAAUUUAAUCAACGAUCCGAAGUUAAUGCAACGCCGUAAUAGUCGAUCACUUCCAGCAUCUCCUCUCUCAUCGCCGAAAACGAUGCGCAAGUUUCAGCCAAAUCCGUAUUUCACCAUUACUGCGCAAGAUAACGCGCCAAAAACAUCUUGGUUCUUAACCGGUCUAUUUGGAGGCCCGCGACGUGAAUUAACAUCAUCCACGGUAUCUGUGUCAUCCCAAAUCGACGAAGCCGACGAAAUUGUCGAGGCAAAACGACCUGCUCAAUUCGACAUGAAACAAAUUGACCAAAACAUCAACAAAGGUCAGGAAACAUCAUCAUCAACUGCAGCAACGACAACAACAACUACUGUCAAAGCGAAACCCACAAUGCUGAGAGAAAUGAACUUUUGGGCACCAACUUCAUAUUAGAAAAAAAAAGUUUCCAAAUUUUCUUUCAAAUUUUUUUUUUAUUAAUUUUAAGAUUAUGUGAGUAACGAAUCAGUAUCUUUCGACUUCAUUUUCUAUUUAAUUCACUAUCCCUUCAUUUUUUUUUCUCUUUCAUCCUCCCUAUUCUUGGUACUUUUUAAUAUUAAGACAUAAAAUUAAAAUUAACCAUAGAAAUAGAAAAAAAAAUUAUAAAUUAGGAUAAAUUUAAUUUUGUGAUAGCAACAUCUGACAGAAAACAAACAAACAAAAUUUUAAUUUUUUUUUUGCCAUUUUUAACGUAAAAGUAAAUUAAAUAGAUAAGGACAGGACAGGGUGCAUUGUUGGGUAAUAAAAGUACAUUUUAUAAGAUAA